GAAAUAAAUACUAGUGCAGUUCAUAUGUUUUUGUAAACCACAUUAAUACAAAUUUUCAAUGAUUUGGCAGAAAAAAAAUGGAAAAAAUUAAACGGAAAAUUCAAAUUGACUUAAAUUCCGCGCUCAAACUUUCACUCGCCGAUACCUAAAUAUAGUAAAUUUUCUUUUUUUCCCAAUAUUUUGUGUAAUAAAGAAAGAAGAUUUGGAUUUUUUCAACCGCCAAAAUAGAAAAUGUUUUAAGGGAAAGAAGAACAGGAGACGUUUUUUUAGGGUUUUUUUUAUGCAUUUUGAUGACUUCCGACGGGAUGAAACAGCAUAUGUUUCGACUCGGAUUGGAUAGGAGGUAAUCGAGUUGUUAUCGUCGGCUAUCGCUUUGCAUGACGUCUGCCUUCGAGGGUGUAAGUUGUUUUUGUCAUUGUAUUAUUUGUGUAUUUUAUGGUUUAACCUGGGGGAAAAAAAAACCGAUUGGACUGAAAAAAUGGAUUUGGACCGGCCUUUAGAGAAUAGCGCCGAAGGAGAUAAAAGCGCGAUCGAAUCUUUCUUACAAGGCGAAAGAGGGGAUGUCCCUCAUCAGAAACCCGCUGAUGAGUUCAAAUCGGAAGAAAACCGGUCUGAGGGGGAGAGCAAAACGGACGAGGAACCGCAGCCGAUGCAACCUGAACCCGAGUCCGAACCCGAACCCGCAGAAAAAGAAGAAUGGAUGGACAUUUUGGGCAAUGGUCAGUUGAAAAAGAAGGUGCUGAAGCCGGGCGAACCGGAUUCCAGGCCUACGAAACCGGACGUGUGCGAGAUCUCUUUCGAAGGAAGACUCGAAGAUGGUACGGUCGUCGACAAAGAAGAUAGGAUCGAAGUUUUCUUAGGCGACAAUGAUACCGCUCAAGGCAUUGAUUUUGCUCUUGCUCUUAUGGACAAAGGAGAAGAAGCCGAAGUGGUAAUCGCUUCUAGAUUCGCUUACGGCUCUCUCGGUAGAAAGCCGGACAUCCCGCCGGAUGCGGUCCUCACGUAUCGAUUGACCCUACACAACGUGAGACAAGAGCUCCCUGUGCAAGAACUUGACAUCGAGAAGCGGAUAGCGAUCGGACUGAAGAAAAAGGAAAGGGGCAAUUGGUGGUAUACGAGAGAUGAGCACACUCUGGCGAUUCACUCAUACCGCAGUGCUUUAGAGUACCUUGAUGAUACGGACAUCCCUGGCAGCCCCGAUGAAUCGAGAGUACACUUUCUCUUAGAUGAAAGGCUGAAGACAUACAACAACUUAGGAGCAUCCCAAAUGAAGAUAUCUGCUUAUGACGCAGCCUUAACCUCCUUUGGUCAUGUUCUAAGCAGUCAGCCCACGAAUAUCAAAGCGAUCUUCAGAAAAGCUAAGAUCCUGAAGGUGAAAGGCGAAUUGGAGGAGAGCAUCGAAGUCGUGCGGCAUGGUCUCACUGUCGAUCCAGGGGACAAGAGCCUCCAGCAGGAACUCUCCUUGCUUCUGGCGGCACAACGGAAAGAUAAUACCAAACAGAGAAACCUUUACAAGAAAAUGAUGGGAAAUAGCACUCAAGACAAUGGGACUGAGAAGAAGAAACAAAAGUCAUCCAAUUACGGAACAAUAACUUUGAUCGCUGUUGUCAGUUUCGCUGUGGCUGCCAUUGGUGCGGUUGUAGUGAGAUACAAAAUUACAUAAAAGACAGCUUUAUAAAUAAAAUACUAGUAAUAUUUUUUUCCUCUAAAUUCACUGUACAACUUUUGAUUUUUAGUCUUAUGCUAAGUUUUGUUUACGGUUUUGUACUGUUCAUUUUUAUAGUGCUGAGUUGCAUUAUUGACCUUUUCCUUUCACAUAUACAUUUCUUUUUAAAUAUACUUUUUAUUGUGAAGAGUGUUACCAUUAAUUUUUACAAGCUCAUUUAAUGAGUACAGUUAAGAAUGUUAAUUGUUGAGAAGAUAUUGCAUUCCUUUAUUACUCAAACUUCCUCUUUCCUUUAUAAUCGACAUAAUGAUCAAAUAAAUUCUAUGUAUGUAUUGUAAGAUUAAUUAUACAUUCUUACAGUUAAUAAAUUGCCGUACAUCAUAUUUGUAUUUAAAAGUUAAUACAUUUAUUUUUAUAUAAUGAA